CUCCCUACCCUCUCCAACCUAUAACCCAUCAGCCUGAGUCUCUUCUUAUUGGUAGAGUCUCCUCUUCUUUGCUGAUCCUCUUCCAACCACUUGCUUGUUUAAUUUAUAGUAAUCACACAUACACCUAGGAUGGCAUCCCAAACCAUUGAGAGCUACCGUCAGGGCGCCGAGAUCCACUGUGGUGAUGAUCUCUGCAAGAAGAAGUCCAUCCAACUCCUCGAAGAGCUCGGCCUCCCCAAGGGCUUGUUACCCCUUGAGAAUGUCGAGGAGUUUGGCUACAACCGCGCGGCUGGAUUCAUGUGGCUGAUCCAGAAAAAGAAGAAGGAGCACACAUUCAAGAAGAUCAAGCAGACUGUGUCGUAUGCCACCGAGGUGACAGCCUUCGUGGAGCAGCGUAAGCUGAAGAAGAUAACUGGGGUGAAGACAAAGGAGCUGCUGCUGUGGCUCUCUGUUGUCGAGGUUUACAUCGAUGAUCCCUCACCCGAGAAGGUCACUUUCAAGACCGGCACCGGUCUCUCUGACAGCUUUCCGGUGUCUGCCUUCGAGCUUGAAUAGUAUGUGUGAGAGAAGCUGGUGGAGGGACUAAAGCUGGUCCUCUUUUGAUCUCUCGAUAAUGGGAAAUGGAAACUAGUCUCGCUAUCUGUUGCUUUCAUUUUAUUAUCACUUUUCUCUUGGUAGAAUCAGUCGCCAUCAGUUGUUGAUGUUAAUUACCUAGGUUUUAGUUUUUCUUUUAUCUCUUGGGCAAAGCUGAUGUAUCGAAUAAGUGUUCUACAUCAUUAUCUUAAUACAAAAGAUUUUUAAAUAU